AUGCCGCCGCCUCCCAAGCCCGCCCCUCCCUACCGCCUCACCUUCACCUGCAACUCCCUGCGGAACACCACCGUGUCAAUAGACAACGACACCAUCUACUACGAGAUCGUCACCCGCUUCUGGCACCCCGAUGUGACCAAGAUCUUCCGCCUAGACAAAGAGUCUCGCGCCAUGAACCUCGUCGCUCGGAUUAAGGGCGUCGAGAACAAAGAGAAGGGUGUCUGGGUGCGGUUCGGUCGCGAGCCUGGCGAUGGCCUGGCGCGGGGACCAGAAGAGGAGAAGCAGCGGGAGGAGGGCGGAGAGGGGGAAUGGAUUAGGGAAGAGGACUUUAUUAACUACGAGCAUGAGAAAGUAGCCGGCACGUUCCCCGCUGUGCCCGGCGAGGAGCUCAGGUGGAAGACGCAUAGGCGGCGGUUGCAGAUGAUCAAGCCCGGAGACCCUGAGAAACCCGUAGCAAACUUCAAACCGCACAAGCGGCAUUUCUGGGUAUUCCGCAUGUCGAAGCAUGCCGUACUCGAGCUCAGACCUGAGGUAAUUCAGCCGGAGGGGAGCAAAGAGAAGGAUCUCGAAGCCAUGGACAGGAUAAUCGUGAGCUACUUAUUAGUUGAGCGCAGGAGAAGGCUGGCCCAACUGAAGCUCCAGCUGAAAUAA